AUGAAACUUUCUUCGAGGAACUGGUUGAGGGAUAAUUCCAAUGUCCGAUACGCAGCAUAUGCUUCACGCUUCAGGACAAUCCUCCUAUCUGCCCAUCGUUACGUUGCCUACACUUCGGACAUAGGCGAGUCAUUUCGUCCAGUCGCCCAUCCGUACCUUGUUCGUGCUGCCUACGGCGUGUCAUGGAUUUACAUCCUCGGCGACGUCAGCUAUGAAGGGUACAAGGCGUACCUGCACAACCAGCGCGUCUUGAAUCCGAAUCUCGAGCUCACAGCCCAACAACAGCAAAUGUUUGGUUUGGACGUGACCUCCAAUGGUUCUUCACCUGCUCCCACAGCAACAUCCGGGAAGGUCCCUCCUUUGGAAGACUACCGGACAGUGAUGCUGCAGCGGGGUAUCUUCCAGAGCAUUGCCAGUAUGGGGCUUCCUGCGUUCACAAUUCACAGCGUGGUCCGGUACAGCGGUCGCGCCAUGAAGAAUGUCAAGAAUGCCACUGUCAGGACGUGGGUCCCAAUUGGUCUCGGAUUGUCUGUGGUCCCUUUCCUUCCUAAGAUCUUCGACAAGCCGGUUGAGAACGCUGUCGAGUGGACCUUCCACAAGGCUUUUGAGAAGUUUGGUGGGCACGAGGCCGUCGGUAACUCGCCGCUUAUCGGCAGGGAGAAGCAGCUGUCGGAGCGGCCGAAGGAAAAGAGAGAGUGA